AUGCAAUUUGAUCCCAGCCUUCCAAAAAGCAACACAUCAUCGCCCGCGUCAUUCGCCUACAAAUCUGUACGAGAACGAUGGCCAACGAUUGUCGCGAAUGCUAUCAAAGAUGUCCAACGUCAAAUUGACUGUCCUCAACACGGAAAUCCAGAGAUUGUAAGACAGGGCAUGCAAAUUAUUGCUGAGCUGGAAUGUCUAAAGCACGAAAUGCUCCAAAACUGCACGCUAUCUCUGUUACCAGAUGAAGAAGGAGAGCUUCGUGGUGAUGUUGCCAUUUACAACCAAGAGCUUCAAGAGCGAGAGGCGCAAAGUGCAAAGUUGGUAGUGCGAUGGCAUGAAGUUGAGUGGUUGUUCAGCGAGUGCUACCUCUAUCGACGUCUCUUCGGAUCGUUCUCGCGAAGGACGUGGUGGAAGACAUAUGAUGUUUUUCAAGAGCAAAAGAGGGACGCAUUCAGACAGUCCAAGGAUGCUGUCCUGGAAAUGGCUGCAUACUAUGUCAAUGUGACAAAAGGUAUUGGUUGCAUUGGGUGCAACAGCGGGUUUUUGGCAUCUCCAGACGCAACUCAGAGGCAACAGGCCGUUUUCACGGAAAUGAUGCAACAAUGCCUGUGGGGAAAUGCGACGGACCUCAGUCUUCUCACCACUCUCACCUACGAGAACAUUCAGCAGCUUCAGGGCAGUGAGGUAUUCAAACGUCGACGCGACAAGGUGUUGGUGAAUGACUUGGACCAAGCCUUCAAUCUCCUCUGGCAGGCAGGAAACCAGGGCGAAGAGCGUAGGACCGUGGAGUUUGUGUUGGACAACUCUGGCUUCGAGCUCUUUGUGGAUGUUGUGGUGAUAUGCUAUCUCUUAAAAAGCGAACUUGCCACAGAAGUGAGGAUGCAUGCGAAACAAAUCCCGUGGUUCGUCAGCGACGCGACUCCUACAGACAUUGAGCAGCUUUUCGACAUCAUUCGACGGCCUCUGGACUUCUUCAAAGACUCGAGUGGCAGUGGAGAAGGGGGUCUUGCCGAGAUGACUGAUGAGCAGCGGCAACAUCUCGAAGUCCUGCAUUCCGACCUCCGUACUUUUCAAGCAGAAGGACGCUUAGUGUAUCAGACCAGCAAUUUCUGGACUCAAGCGGGAAGUUUCUGGCGACUUCCCACAUCUAACCCUGGCCUUCUCGCCGAACUCAGAAGCUCACACCUCGUUGUAUUCAAGGGCGAUCUCAACUAUAGAAAGCUCGUUGGCGAUGCUUGCUGGGAUCCUACCACGCCGUUUCAGGAGGCUUUAGGUCCUCUCGGAAAAUCUUCCAAGCUCAACAUCCUCUCCUUGCGCACUUGUAAAGCGGAUGUGGUUGUCGGGCUACCUCCAGGUAAAGAUGAAGAACUCCGCUCGUUGCCCGGAUGUGGCGGCGAGUCUGGUCUGAGGGCAUGGGCUUUGGAUGGGUCGUGGGCUGUCAUGCAGUUCUCAAAAGGUCGAUAG